AUGGCAUGGCGACUUAGUCCAUGGCUACCGCAUAUUGUAGAUAAAAUCACAAAACCAGACAAAUGUACUCCCAAAAUUGAGGAGAAGAAAGACGAUUAUGUGCUGGUGGAGUACGAAAGUCCCAUAUUAGGGAUUGUGGAUGAUGAGGAGUUCUGGUUUCCACCAGGGAAGAAGUCAAUGGUGGAGUAUCGAUCAGCAUCACGGAUUGGAAACUUUGAUUUUGAUGCCAACAGAAAAAGAAUCAAGCUUAUGUGUUUUAUUGAUUUGGAAAUUGAUUACAUAAAUCAUUACGAUUCGGCGGUACGGAUAAACAAGGUUGUGAUGCCGGAGUUCAUAAUCCAAGCCGUUUUCUGUUUGGUCUGUUUAAUUACAGGGCAUUAUUUUCUUUUUUUCCCGUCUCUCCCAUAUUCAUACUAUAAUUUCAUAUUGUAUAGAAGGAGAAAACAUCUGGUUGAUGUAACAGAGAUCUUUAAUCAGCUGGAGUGGGAAAAGAAACAACGACUAAUCAAACUUGGCUAUCUUAUUAUCCUUUUAAUUGUUUUUAUAUUUUGGUUGAUUUGGACAGUAGGAAAAGAUGAUUAUUAAACAGGCUUUGGAUCAAAUAUUCUUCCAACUCCAACCUUUGUUUUUCCAAUUUACAGUAAUAUUUUUUUAUUCACUUUGUACAAUGAGGUGAGGUGAGGUGAGCAUUGGGUUAUUAUAAUACAAUGAGAUUUUUAUUUUUAUUUUUCAACAAAUUUGCGAUUAAUAUAUGAAUGCAACAACCAUACUUUACCUACUUUAUGUAAA